GUGCGUUGUGUUCCGGGGAAGACGGUAGUCACCUCCCGGUGAAAACCAGAGUACACACCCGCACAUACAUUUACACACACACACGCGCGCGCGCGCACACACACACACACACACACACACACACACAGAGAGAGAGAGAGAGAGAGAGAGAGAGAGAGAGAGAGAGAGAGAGAGAGAGAGAGAGAGAGAGAGAGAGAUGCGGUUCCUGGGCGCGGAGACUUGGGCAGCGAUCGGGCGUUAUCGAGGGCUGCUGUCGCGAGGUCGAGCCCACGUGGCGCGGUCCGAUGGCGCUGUUGUGGUUUCUCAGACGGAGAUCGGGGCCGCAUGGAGGUCGAGGUCGGGAUCGGGAUUGAGCACGUGCGCGGAGACCGCGAGCCGAUCUCUGCGCGAGGUCGUGUUUUCCAAGAUCGGGAUCGCAAAAGGUGAAGAACUCGCGAAGAGUACGGUAGAGGGAGUUGGCGGUGCUGGACGAAAUCUCCACCUGGCAGCACGAGGACCUUGCCACGUGGACGACGUGAGGAACGUGCUCUGGGGUGGAGGAUGGAGGUCGCUGGCGCCGGCCUCGUUGGGGCAAGGGAAAGGAGGGGGCCGAAUGAAGUGGAGCAGUUGGGGAGCGGCAGGGGGAAGGAGGGGUAUUUCGGGGCAAGGGUUCCCUGUAAGACCCGGACGGUAUACCGAUCGGUAUGGCUAUGAACACUUUAAGAAGAGAGGAGUGGACAGGUGGCGCGAUGUCAAUGCACCUGAAAAUGAGGAGAGCUUGCGCAAAAUCGGGAUCGUCGUUGCGGUCGUCGGAGCAGGAGGGGGUUACGUCUACUACACUCAUCUAGAGGAAGUGCCCUAUACCAAUCGACGGCAUUUUGUGUUGGUGUCACCUCAAACGGAGCGGAUGCUGGGCGAGAACGAAUUUAAAAACAUAAAGAAAACGUUUAGGAGGGAUAUCCUUCCUGAUUUCCAUCCCCUUACAAUACGUGUGAAGGCCAUUGCCACACAAAUCAUUCAAGCUGCAAUGAUAGGAACACGGGCUCAAGAUUGGGGCGAGGUAGAGGGAAAGAGCAGUCGAAUGGAUGUGGACGACAUUUUUAACUACCACGGACGCACGCAAUCCGCACCCAAUGAGCUGGACAGCGUGUUGGACGUUUUCCGUCAGCGUGAAGAUGAUAAUGGUGAAUUUGGAGGCGAUGGUGAUGGUAGUAGUGCAAGCCGCAGAGAUAGAUCUGACCGACAGGACCCGUACAAUAAGCCAAUGAAGGACAAAUUUGAUGAUGAGUGGGUAGAUCAUGGCCGAGGCAGCCACCACAAGGGGAUGUCGUCGUCAAUGAAACAUCUUGAAGGUCUGAAGUGGGAGGUGAUAGUUGUUGAGAAUGACGCUCUGAAUGCGUUCUGUCUUCCUGGUGGAAAGGUGGUAGUCUUCACUGGGUUACUCAAGGCUUUCCAGAAGGAUGAAGAAAUCGCAACGGUGCUUGGCCAUGAGGUGGGACAUGUCGUUGCACGCCACCCUGGGGAGAAGUUGACCCAGGCAUUAUGGCUGACUAUACUGCAGCUCAUUCUUUUGCAGAUAAUUAAUCUGCCUGGCCUUGUGCACAACACAUCCCAGCUUCUGCUAGCCCUGCCUUUCUCUCGCAGGAUGGAAAGUGAAGCAGACCGGAUAGGGUUGCUGUUGAUGGCGACGGCAGAGUUUGAUCCUAGGAUUGCCCCUUCGGUUUACGAGAGGAUGGCGAAACUCUCAAAUGAACCUGAUCUUUUGCAAUACGUGUCAACUCAUCCUUCGGGGAGAAAGCGCGCUCAAGCACUGGCAAACGGCCCCACGAUGGACGAAUCAAUGAAAAUCUACGCGGAGAGGAUGCAGGGAAGAAUUUUGGAGGCGUUCCUGUAAUACGUGCGCUAAAGCGAAAACACAAACUUAAGAAAAGGUAAUUAGUAAUUACCAUGGAGUCGAUGGAGAGAGCGAUUUUCGCUUACGUUUGAUGUGCCUCUCUCUAUUUCACUAGGCUCAAGUUUGAUCCCGCUUCCGGAUUAUUUGGCAGACGUUUGGCCCUUUGCCUGUUUCUUUUGUGUUUUUUUUUUUUUUUUUUGGUUCUCUGUAAUGACCCCUACAGUUCCCGAGAAACCGGCAUUUCUCUGGGAAAGUUUCUGCCUUUCAUCUGUUUGCAAACUUUGCUAGGAUUUCUGAGUUUUAUUCUGUUUUGCGGUGUUUUUUCGGGCUGACCUGAUGAUGACAAUGAUGUAUGUAUGUGCUAUGUAUGUAUGUAUACCGAAUGCUUGUCCGUUGGGUCUGUGUAUGUGUGCGAACCUUGUUGUCCGUGCUGUGGUUCUGCAUCUUGGACAAGGAAAUAGGUUGGUUGAUUGGCCUAGGCUCAGGGACAGGGCUGAAAGUUAGCUGUAGAUGUAGAAGGACGUCCAGGAGUUACUGGAUCGGCGAGGGACAUACGUGCAAUUUGUUUGGUUCUCGGUAGGGAUUUUCCAGUAACUCGGGUAGGCCUAGAAGGUCUGGUAGCUGUGCAGGAGUGUGACCGAAUGUAGACAGCUUUAGAGGUGUAUUCAGGUCCUGCAGUUACAGAUCAGUCUGCAAUGAUGAUCCCGCCAAAGGAGGGAACAUCCCGUAGCCCCAGUGCGCACCCAAGCGAGGCCUGUGAAGGCAGGUCGUGCCCAGCCAAGAGGUACUGAAGGACAGGCAACCAAGAGUAUAUAUCGUUCUGUCCAAAGUGAGUAGUCUGCUCAUUCACCGAGCACGGCGUGCAGUCAUGCUGCUGCUCCGCUUUCAGGGGUGCUCCGCCCAGAGGGAGAGUGAGGCAGAGCGCUUGGAGGUGAAAUGGAGCUGCAAAGGUGAGGACGAAGACCUCCAUGGCUAUGGAGUGGUAGUCGCAGGGAGAGGUAGGAGAAGCUCUACCUUCUUCACCGGAAUAGAACGCCCAACCAUUAUAGCCGUAUUUGCUGCAAUUUUCAGUACAGUUACAGCUACAAUGACCGGGCGUUCUAUUUGGGCGAAGAUGGUAGGCUAUGGCGGUAAAGGGAGAAGACCUUCCAGCCAUCGCCCCCCUUUCAUCGUGUCGUCCUCGUCUCUAUGGCUUUGUGUUGUGACGUAAAGAGAGGUUGAAGGAGGAGGAAGGAGGUGGGAACUGACAAGGAGACCUACCUUUGGCUAUGGUGGACCUACAUCUUUAUCUUCCUUGUUGCCAUUAAGAAGGGCCCUCAUGGGCGACCAAUUGGGCAUAGAUCUCAUCCGGAGGAGUAGCUAUGGUGAUAGUGGAGACGAGAGAGGCAUGGGAGUGUAGUGCAUUCUCAUUUGACUUUUCCACGGAAGCACUAGCUAGUAGCUAUGGUUAACUAGCUACAAUGAAUGAAUUAAUCAGGAGCUG